AGGUAUGUUAACCUGGUUUGCCUUCCUCACGCCGUAGCAGCACCUACCGAUGGCACCAGAUGCUGGAUCACAGGCUGGGGUCGACUUGCUUCAGGAGGCGCCACUCCAGAUUAUCUUCAGCAGGUUUCAGUUCCCGUUGUAAGCAGAGCCCGUUGUGAUAGAGCCUAUCCUGGAAAAAUUCACGACUCCAUGAUCUGCGCGGGCCUUGACCAAGGAGGAAUUGACUCCUGCCAGGGGGACAGUGGUGGACCGAUGGUGUGUGAAACCGGUGGAAGGUACUAUCUACAAGGCGCCACCAGCUGGGGUUAUGGGUGUUCCAGCGCUGGAAAGUUUGGCGUUUAUGCCAAGGUGAAAUACCUGCUAAAUUGGCUAAAUACCGAAAUGGCGAAGAACUAA